AAUGAAAUGAAAUACUACAACAUUGGCGCUCCUCGCAUUUUCUCCUUCUGGUACUCGAAGCUCCAAUUUGGCAAAGGGAGUCAAGAGGGUGAUGGGUCAGCUUCUGAAUCUAGUCCAAGCAACUUUCUUUCUAAACAAAUUUAGUUUCUACGAUGGACCCAAGUUGCUUCGGCAAAAAUCGUGUUCAUACGUAGGAAACUAUGCUCAACUUCAGAUGUACCAUGGUCUUCAAUUGCCUUUGCAAGGGGUGGUUGUAGGUCGUGUUGACAGCUUAUUUAAAUGUAAGGGCUAUUUUUGUAAUGGAGGAGAAUUGGAUGCCUUACCGCACAUACAAACUCUUAGAAAAUUUUCCAAGGAGGAGCUAGCCGCAAAAGUUGUUAUGGUCAGAUUUGAUUCUACCAUAUUGCUUCGGGAAGAACUGGACCAGCAGACUCGAUCAGUCUCCAAUGCGCUUUUCACCAUUAAGUAUUUAUAUGAAGCUGGGGCCAAAGUAAUUCUAGCGAGUGACUGGAGUAAAAAAAGUAACCCAAAACUUGUUCUUGCAGAGUCAGUUGCAGAUUUCUUGUCAUCAAUCCUUCAUUGCAAAGUUGUUCCAGUACACUGCAUUUCUUGUGACACGCCAUCAAAGAUGGAAGACCUUGAGAAUGCGGACAUCUUUAUUCUUGAUAAUCUUUCCAAGUUCAAAGAGGAAGUUGCCAAUUGUUCAAAGUUUGCUCAAACGUUAUCAUCAGGAGUUGAUAUUUUUGUUAAUGACUGCUUUUCCCAUUCUCAUAAAAUCCUUGCAUCCACUGUUGGUGUUGCUCGCUUCUGUCAUUCCUGUGUAGCUGGUUUUCACUUUGAGGAGAGCCUAUGUCAACUAAAGAAGGUUGCUGAAACCAGCAGAAAUCCUUAUGUUGCAGUUAUUGGAGGGGAUAAUCUCUUUGACAAAGCAGAUGCCUUGCAUUUCUUGGCUUCUAAAUGUGAUGGUUUGGUCUUUGUCGGAAAGAUGUCGUUUCAAAUAAUGCAUGCAUUGGGAAUAUCUGUUCCUUUGGAAUUCGUGGAAUAUGGGGCACUCAAAGAAGCUUUAGAUAUAGUCCAGCUUGUGCAAAAUAGAGAUGUACAAAUUCUCUGUCCAAAAGAUUUUUGGUGCAAGAAUGAUCGUGUUCCAGGGCAGUUGGAAUUGUUUCAUGCUCAUGGCAUUUUGGAUGGUUGGUUACCUGUUGAUCUCGGGCCUAUCUCAUUGGACGAAAUAAACUCCUUGCUAACAAAGUGCAAGAAAAUUAUAUGGAUUGGUCCAGUGAAAUUCUGUAACACAAAUCAACAUACAAAUGGAGCAUCUAAAUUGGCACAGAUGUUGGAUCUUCUAAGUCAAAGCAACUGCGAUUUAACUGUUGUUGGGAACACGGCAUGCAAAUUGAUAAUGCAGGAAUCGAGUUCUGUCUCUGAUUUUAAUAUGCUUGAGAAUGGUUCAGUUGCAUGGGAGUUUCUCAAAGGAAGAAAGCUCCCAGGGGUUAUGGCCUUAGAUAAAGAAUACCCAUUUGAGAUCAACUGGAAUGCUACCUAUUCUGAUCCGAUGCAGCCUUUGGUAGUUGAUAUUGGAAGUGGUAAUGGACUUUUUAUUCUGGGGAUGGCUAGAAAGAGGAAGGAUUUAAAUUUUCUUGGUUUGGAGAUUAAUGAAAAGCUUGUAAGCCGCUCUCUAGACUCUGUUCGACGAUUUGGUAUAAAGAAUGGGUACUUCAUUGCGACAAAUGCGACCACAACAUUUCGUUCCAUAGUUUCUAGUUACCCAGGAGAGUUGGUUCUUGUUUCAAUACAGUGUCCAAAUCCUGAUUUCAAUAAACCAGAAUAUAGAUGGAGAAUGCUGCAAAAGACAUUAGUUGAAGCAGUAGUAGAUAUUCUUACAUCUGAUGGAAAGGUCUUUCUGCAAUCUGACAUAGAAGCAGUGGCUGUGAGAAUGAGAGAACAAUUUUUAAAAUAUGGAAAGGGUAAACUUUCUGUUGUGCAUGACCAAGGAGACGCUAAAUGUAGCGGAGGGUGGCUUGAGGAAAACCCAUUUGGAGUUAGGUCAGAUUGGGAACAACAUGUUGUAGAUCGUGGGGCCCCUAUGUACAGAUCAAUGCUUUCUAAAUCAACUGGUGUUGAAUGAAGUUGCUGGAUUCUUGAAUUGUGAAAGCUGGCUGUAGUAUAUACCAGUGAAGCUAACUGGACGUCCAUACCUCUCAAAAAGCAUGCAAAAGUGAGCAAAUGUCACUGCAUCAAGGCUCUAUCCUUUCUAAGAGGCAAUUGUUUUUCCAAGCGACAUUGUCUUCAAAUGGGGCGAACAGUCUUCCAAGUUAAUGAAAGCACAGUUGGAUGCUGGGCAGCUUUAGGUAUACAACAUGCAAAGGUUUAAAAAGGACAGGUGCAAAGGGCAAUUACCGAUGAUUAUCAAUUAUGUCUACAGGGACAAGGAGUAGGGAAUUCAGACUCCAUUCCUUCCCACCUAAACUUGCUAUCUAUUUCUUUAAAAUUUUCUCCUUUUUUCAAUCUCCUUCAUGUAUCCAUAUAUAACUAGGACUAAGAUCUUCUAGAAUUCUGUGGAUAUUAGAAUGUAAAUUUCCUCAAAUCCCAACCAUUAUUUUCAAAUUAAACGGAUGGGAUUUUGUUAUAUGAGCAUUUAUCACCUCUA